UUCACGGUGGAAAUACGACCGAUGGAUUCGUUUCUGACGGCAUACUUGACUGGACCGUCCGUAAACGUGUCGCUAAAUGAGUUCAGCGCUAUGACCGAUAACAGCGAUGAAGUUACACGAACUUUUUUUUGGAUAUUGAUUCUACUUUGAGUACACCAGGAAGUUUGACCGAUGCAGAAACGUUCAAAAAAAUCUAUUAUUCUCAAUGAGCCAGAGACGGAUGCUGCCGAUGAAGCAAUCGACGAGAAAGAAGUUGUUGCUGUUGAACCUUUAAUACGUGGUGCCCAAGCUGAAAAUUAUACAUAUUCACGAACUUCAAAAAUACAUCCAACAACAGUCAAAAGUUUCUGACAACAUUUUUUAUGCACUUAAUAAUUUAGGUUUCCGACGUAUUUACGCCAGUCAGGAUAUACUAUGCAGUGAUCGGUUCGUUUCUGGUGUUCCUGUUGUCCGAUUAUUUGCGAUACAAGCCGAUGAUGAUACUUAACGGCGUGCUGGGUAUGGUGGCAUACAUCUGUCUGAUGGAUUCGCCGAACACGCUUCAAAUAAUGGUAACCGAGUUCUGCUUAUCGCUGUUCGCGUGCAUCGAGAUGACGUAUUACGGUUACUUAUACUCCAAGAUCGAAGACAAAGUACAUUAUCAGAUAGCCACGGGGUUCGCAAAAUCCGGAAUGCUGAGCGGCUCGUGCGUAGGCGGCCUCCUGGGUCAGCUGGUGGUCUACUUCAACGAUCGCAAUUACUCCGUCCUGCCUUACUACAGCCUCGCCUUCAUGACAUUUGCGACUGUAUGGGCGUGCUUCUUGCCAUCCGUCGGAAACGGCAAAACCAUUAAAGUGGAUGACGUCAGAGGCGAUGGUUUUUCAAAUGCGACCAUUCGUAACCCAAGUAUACCCAAGUACUCAUCGACCGAAAAAGCAGAUACGCCAAACGUUGUACCGUCUACGGAUGUGUUAAAUCGUUUUUCCGACUUCAGACAUUCGUACACAGAUCGCACGGUUCUGAUGUGGUCCAUUUGGUACAUCGUAGCGAUAGCCGAAUACACACAAACGAAUUUAUAUGUAAAUAUUUUGUAUACGUAUAUCGUUGAUGUAACGGACGAUAAGCACGCGUUGCUGAAUGGUUUAGUCGAUUCUAUGGCCACCAUGUGCGCGGCGAUUAGUGCUUAUCAAAUCGGCAAGGUGAAUGUGAACUGGAAUUAUCACGGAUACACAUUUUUGACUUUUAGUUCUCUGGUGCUUUCACUGUUGCUGUCCCUAGGCUACAGUUCGAAAAACAUCCUUGUCGUGUACUUCAUGUACAUCUGCUUCAACACGAUAUUGCAAUCUGUUUUCGUCAUCGCCAUAUCACAAAUCGCCAAACAACUAAAACACGAUUGCUAUACAUCGGUGUUGGGAUUCAAUGCUUUCUUGGGCAUCGUCCUGUCCACGUGCUUGUCGUCACUCCUGGUAUGCAUCGAGACAUCCCUUCCAAUCCGGUUUUUGGUGUAUAGCUGUAUAUUCAUUGUCCUCGGAGUCGUGUACGGGUGCGCUGCGAUCAUUUUCGCCACGAACAAGACCACGAUGAAACGUUUUGAACGGCUUCCCUGACUGCAUUAAUUGGGUGGGCACAACUGCAUAAAAACAGUACUAUCCAUUAUCAGCGGCACUGCAAAGCAUGACACUAAUGAUUUAUUUAUUUAUUCAUUAGUUUUUUGCAAUAAAUGUUAUACUCAGACACAAAAGCUAAGAUGUUUGACUAGGUGUUUACCAUACGUAAUGAUUAUUCUUUUUUUUUUACUUUUAACGAAAAUCAUCUGCGUAUUAUGUACUUUUUUUUACUGUUCAUUAACGACUUGUGCAGAACGCUAUAAAUAUUACAGUAUAAUUUAACUAGAAUUAGUAUUAUAUUAUGGACAGAGUUGAUCAUAAAAAUUUAUUUAUAUGCGAAUCGCUUACAAUCGACCUGGAUGUCAUUUUUAAAACGUCCUAUAUACCGCUACAGCAGUGAUAUCUAAGGGUUUCAAAUGAAUAAGACUGAAUAUUAAAAAAUCGUUACAUAAUAUUGUUAUUCAUGACCUUCGUGUUAUAUUGCCAUACAGUGACACGUGUGUGUAUAAUGUGUAUCGACAUUAAGUAUACCUGCAGUCAGGGCACCAACAUUUGUUUUUCGAAAGUAAUAUUUUCUCUCCAAUGAUCUACGAUUUGUUUGUUCUAAAAUAUAGUCUAAAAUGAAUCCUGCUUAGCUACCAAGGAUCAAUCAUAAUAAAUAACAUUAAAACGUGUAGACGUUUAAGCGUGAAGUUCCUGCAGUAUUAUACAACGUGUUAAAAAUUUGAUCUUUGUAUAACCUCUAUCGAUAUUAUUAC